AUGGCUAAAUCUAAAGAGCCAGGAACAUCCACCCCUCUCACCCUCCUCAUCAAGAACCCUUCAGAAAAAGAGAUCCUAUCGUUGUUGACUUUGAAACGUGAUAAAAGACCUGAUGCCUGGAAGCUGUCUAAGAAGGGGCUUAUAGAAGCUUCCAGCUAUCUAGUGUCUUCUCUCGAAAAUUUCGAUCAAGCCUGGGCGCAGUCUCUGGGUCUCUCUAAAGCCCGCACCCAGCAAAUCCUCAUCUCAUGUUUCGCAGCCGAAGGAAAAACAGUCCCACAGCAACCAACCUCGUCAAAGCCAGGCUUCCUAGGCGGGCUGAGAAACUUCAUGUGUCAUAUGUCUCUGGCUGGCAAAGCCACGAGGAAUGGCUGGCCGAGUUUGCGCUGCGACACGACUGUUCGCUAUGAAAUCGAGUCGCACAGUCAGUGCAAAUUGAUUCUGUCCGCAAAGACGGAAAAUAGCUUUUGGCAUAGGGGAUCAGAGAAAAUGGGACCGAGUCUGGUCGUUGCGAUUAAGCAGAGCGUGAAUGGUCAGGCGAAGGAUCAUUGCCUUGCGUAUAUGGCUAUGGUCCACCGUAUCAGAAAGGAAGCGGGAAAUACUAACGUGGCCGUUUAUGGUAUCGUUACCGAUGGAUAUAUAUUCAGUUUUAUCCAGAUUGACCACGAGUCCAAGGUAUCCAAAAGCGACAAUAUGCAUUGGAACUCGGACUCUAGGGCGAAUAUCAUAACUCAUAUCCGACUUUUUCUACGCAAGACCAUCCAGAUGGCUCCGUUAACCAAGCAGAAACCGUUGGUGGCAUUUGGGCCUCGUUUCCGGUUUACAGGGGAGGAGUUGAAGGAUGGUCGGGGAAGUUUAGAUGGAGAGGAUGAUGAAAAGACUGACGUUGUUGAUAAUACUUUACUCGUCAGAUAG